CCCAGCGACAGCCACAGAACAGAAUCAUACGCAACCAUGCUUGUACUCAUAGCCGUGCUGUUUUUUAAUGCCUGCCUGGCGGGCACCAUUCCCGCUACGCCGGAGAACAUAACCGUAACCUUUCUGACGCCCACUGCGGUACGGGUGUCAUGGCAAACGCAAAUCGAAAUGAAGGCACAUCCCAUCGAGAAGUACAUCGUGACGUACAAGCCGACAGACGACAGUUACAGGGUUGUACAGGACGUUGCCGGUAGCAGCGAGGCCAUUGUCCUGGAUCGACUAUUGCCCAGCACACAGUACUCCCUGGUCGUGACGGCCAUCUGGCAGGGCAAGAAGUAUCGCAGCAGUGGCCAAAUCAAGUUCCGGACCCUGGAUCUGCCAAGGAACACCACAGAGCUGGACUUUUCGCCUGGCAUCUUUGGGAACGGCAAUGGCAAUGGCAGUGGCCGGAACGCAACGGGAAACGGAAGCAUCUUUGGCGAUGAUGUGACCUCCACGGCCACCAACACAUUGACGCACAGCAUUACCCGGGAGUUGCCCACUAUACGCGGUGUGGAAAUCGGCAUUGUGCUGAUCGUGCUGAUGGUGUGGGCCGGCGCCAUAGCUCUGUUCUUCAAUCGAUGGGGCAAGAUCCGGAUGCUGCUGCCCUACCAACCGGACUACAAGCACGAACAGCUCAAGGUGCCGGGCACGGGGGUGUGCAGCGCCGGCGGCUGCAAUGGCCAGCACUCGCAUCAGAACCUACACCCCGAUUUCUUUGUCAAGUUCGACAGCAGUGACUGUGCCAACGCAAACCCACCGUUGCACUGCAAUAGCCGCCACAUCCACAUGCUGGCCGAGGAGCACUCCACAUCCAUAUCUGAGCGCUGCACACGGAGUCGCAUCAAUUCGGCCAUAUUCGUGUCGUCGGAGGGUCGCGGAUUCGACUGGAUUGAGUUCCUGCGCCGCCACGGCUCCCAGAGUGCGCUUUGCCGGAAGGCCAAGAGUGCGGAGAACAUCACGGACAAUUGCAGAAAGAAGAGCCUCCGGCAGUGGCGAACCGAUGACGACGCCGACAAGCAUCAGAAUCUGUCACAGGACAGCAACGACAUCGAGCUGAGGGAGUGCGAAACCGGAGGAGAACUGCUCCGUCUCCCGGUGAUCCACGACGCCAAGCCAUCGGGCACAGCUGUGACAAGCCUAUUAGCCCGCUCGGCUGCCAUCACCACGGCCAACAUGAUUGUGGGCAGCAUAUCGCUUGAGGCGCCGCCUCCGUACAUGCAGGACGACGACGCCGAUACGUAUUCGACCGCUGCUCUGAUUCACAGCGACGGCGCUGCCGUUGUGCACGAAUCGCAUGACUCGGCGGAGACGGUGGAGGAGCUGGUACAUAUACCGCUGCAGGCCAGUGCCAACGCCACUGCCAUAGUUUCCGCCUCAUCCUCGCCCAGCUUUGCCAUCGAGGCCAUGCCACGAGUUCUGGUGCACCAGCGCUCGUCGACAGCCUCCUCAUCGCCGCAUAGCAGCCCCAAGAACCUGGGAUUGGGGCUGAAGAUAAUCAAGCCGAUGAUCAGCGCCGUGCCAAUGCUUUCCGUUUCAGGGCCUUCGCCGCCCAUUGAGAAGCCGCCGCUGGCGGUGUGCUUGUAACAAAUGGCAACCGAAACAUUUAUCUAAGCGCGCGCUCAAGGCAUCUGGACAUGAGACUCAGUCCGAGCACCGCCAACACACACCACAGACAGACCCCAGACACAUCCCCAGCUCCCCCAAAUCUUGUAAUGUGAGAAAUGAGACGAAAAAGGUGGACUUAGUAUGCCAGCUGCUCAAAUAAGUGUUUCGGUUAAAGAUGUGAGAGAAUGUAAACGAAGGAGGAGUAUAAGUAGAUAUAGGAGAAAUACUGUACCAAAGGUCAUCACCCGUCACCAGGGAAGAAAGCUUUGUAUAUU